UUUCUUUUUUUUUUUUUUUUCUGUAUCAUGCGAUUGACUUCUUUUAUUUCUUUUGUCAUUGCCAUUAUUGGCUUGACUCAAUCCUUGCAUGCUGAUGAAUCAUCCUCUUCUUCUUCUCAUCAAGAACCACAUGAACGUAGUUUUACAAUGGAAUUGAAACCACGUCAAGUACUAGGUAGUAGUAUACCUUAUAGAGUACAUCAAGUACUUGAAAAAUAUGGUGUGAUCAAUGAUGGUAUUCGAUAUAGUAUAAAAGAAGCUGCUAAUGUGGGACUUGAUAGUAUCUUGGUCGAUGUCGAGUAUGUUGCUUCCAUUGGUAUAGGAACACCUCCUCAAUAUUUUGAUUUGGUUAUGGACACUGGUAGUGCAGAUAUUUGGGUACCUAGUUACCCUUGUUUCAGUUGUGGUUUUCACCGAAUGUUUGACAGUCGUAUGUCCAGUACUUUUACACCUGUGAACAAAACUUGGCGGUUGGGAUAUUUUGACGGAUCAAAUGUACUCGGGGUAGUGGGAAAGGAUACAAUAAAAAUAGGCAAUGUAUCUCACGCAAAUCAAGUCUUUGGAUUAGCUACUUCGGAAUCAGCAGCGUUUACAAAGAAUCUCUUGAUGGAUGGCAUCUUUGGUUUAUCAUUUUCUUCACUCUCAUUGAUUGAUAGAAGUACAUCACUUGUUUUAAAUAUGCAUGCUGCUGGUGAUAUUGAUGAGCCUGUGAUUGGUAUCUAUCUUGGUCGUCCUCGUGAUGGUGGCAAAGGCGAAGUGAAAUUUGGUGGGGUCAAUACGCGUCAUUAUACUGGUGAUUUCAAAUAUAUUCCUGUGACAAAACAACAAUAUUGGCAAGUGGACUUUGGUGGUAUUGAAAUCGAUGGACGCAUGAUAGGAUCUAUGGUCAAACAAGCUAUGCUAGACACUGGCACUACAUUGACAGUGCUUCCUCCAGAAUUAUCGCAAGCAAUCCAUGCAGCUCUUCCUGGUGCUCGGUAUAGCAGAUUGUAUGGAUGGUUGGCUCCUUGCAAUACAUCUUCCAAAUCAGUAGUAACAUUCAAGCUUGGUGGCCAAUCUUUCCCUGUACCUAUCGCUGAUCUGGUACGUGAACGUAUGUCGCCAAAUAAUCCUUUUCUUUGCUUCUCUGGUGUGACUGAAUCUACUUCGGCUGGAUUUGCUAUCAUUGGUGAAAGCUUUUUAAGAAGUUAUUAUACGUCUUACGACUUUAUGAAUGCUCGUGUCGGUCUUGCUAUUUCAAAGGCCUGAUUUUUGGAUAUUCUUUUCUUCCCUUUGUGUAUGUUUGCC